UGCAGCUAAGGUACACACAGUUGUGUUGUGUGUGAUGAGGGAGGAUGAUAACUUGUCUCAUAGUAACGGCGGCUGCGUUGAUUCUGCUCAUCAUCGCUGUGUUUUUUAUAACAUGUGCGCUGUCUGAUGCAGAUGUUAAGCUUAUCUAUAAAUCAAAAUUUGGCAAACAACUAGAUAGUUUGAGGGGUAAAGUGGUAUGGAUCACUGGAGCAUCAAGUGGAAUUGGAGAAAGCAUUGCUUAUUAUCUCGCCAAGGCUGGGUGCAAGUUGGUUCUCUCAGCUAGGAGGAAGGAUGAACUGGACAGGGUGAAAACUGCCUGUUUGGACUUCGGAAAAGGUAAAAUAUCAUCAGAAGACAUUUUAGUCCUGCCGUUAGACAUUGUGAACUACGGAAGCCAUGAAUCAGCUGUUCAGCAAGUCAUAGAGUACUUCAAGAAGAUUGAUAUCCUUGUGAACAAUGCAGGGAGGAGCCAGAGAGCUGCCUGGAUGGACGUCCAGCUGUCUGUGGACAGGGAACUCUUUGAAACAAAUGUCCUGGGUCAGGUAUCUUUAACCCGGGCAGUCCUGCCACACAUGAUCAGCCGCAAGGAGGGACACAUCGCCUUGAUGAGCAGUCUUGCGGGGAUCAUGGGUGUGCCAGAUUCCAGAUCAUACACUGGCAGCAAGCAUGCUCUUCAUGGUUACUUCAAUGCCCUGCGAACAGAAAUGAGUGAGCACAAAAUUCACGUGACCACCAUUUGCCCUGGACCAACUUUUUCAAAUCUUUUUAUCCAUGCUGCCACUGCAACUACAGGGGAGAAACUGGGGCGAGAGAUGGAGAGCAAAGAGAAGCGUAUGAGUACAGACCGGUGCGCAUAUUUGUCGUGUGUUGCCAUUGCCAACCAGGUGUAUGAAACCUGGCUAGUGCAGCAGCCCAUUCUGUUCCUGGUCUACAUCAAUCAGUAUAUUCCAGACUUGGCUAAAUGGAUAACGACUCAAUUUGGUGCAGAGAAAAUAAAAAAGAUGAGAGAAGGAAAAUAGAGGGCACAGAUAAUUUGACAACAAGUCACCUUUUGUUUCAAAAUGAACCGUCAGUAUUUUAGAUGAAUAAAUUGUACUCCAUAUAACAUACACCAUUUGUGCCAUAUGAAAGGGGCAUUUAUUCAUAGCUUGAAUAUAAAUUGUUUUGUUCCUUUGAAAAAUAUUUCUCUAUAUUUAAACAGAAAAGAAACAAGAAUUUGACCAUACUGUACAUUUAUGUUCCAUUCUUAAUUGUUUGAGUUAUUUUGUAUUUUUUUCUUCCUCAAUAAUCAGUGUCUGAUUUAAUCAAACUUCUUGGUAAACCGAAACUAUUUUUUAAAAUUUCAGAAAUCAGAAUGACCAAUUCAUUUCUAUUUUCUUCUGUAGUCAUCAGUGCAUUUAAAAUAUUGUUUUUGCAAAUGCUAGUAGAAUUAGGAGUGUGUGCAUCUUUAAAGUUCCUAAAAGAGUUGUUAGUGUAAUUGUUGUUUGGGAAUAUAAAAUGUUGUAAAAUAAUUUAAUAAAUUUAAAAUGUUGAAAAAGGGUUU